CAAAAUCGACAAUGGUAUAAUCCAAAGAUGGCCACGAUAUCUGUCAACGAGAAGUGAAACUUUCCCUUAAGAAUAGGAAUAUACCCCGUCAAUUAACCUUUAUUUGGACUAUUUUGCUCGGAUUGACAUCGAUGCGGUUUUACCGGAUACACAUUAUUAUAUCUUUCUGAGUUGAUAUUUCGUCCGACGCCGUUUUGUAUUGAAUAGCAGCCCGCCUUGCUCAACUGCUCUCUUUUAAGUGAGCUAGCCGUCCUGCUAACCGCGGGGAGAUUCCAGGCUCCGGGAAUAAUUUCGGGAACAUAUUUCCACUUUGCUGCGCUAAGUAACGCGCUAGAUCUGGUACCGACACUGUCAUAUAAGUGGUUCUCGCAGGAAGCGGGUUUUAACGCGGAAGCCGCUCGCAAGGUAGUUGUCAGGCUCAGCGCUUCCGUCUACAUCUUUACGUCACUCGCUUCCAAUUAAGUUUGAUGUUUUUCCAUGAGCACUGUGCGGAGAGGACUUUGAUUUGCUUGUACCUUCUGUCCUAGCAAAUCAAUGGAGAAGCUUCAAGACCUCAGCCAGUCCGAGUUGCAGGAUUUGCUGGACAACUCGGAGCGGGUUGAGUCUAUGGCAUUGGAGUCUGAUGAGAUUCAGAACAUUCAGUUGGAGAGAGAGAUGGCUCUGGCUGCCAACCGCAGUCUGGCCGAGCAAAACCUAGACAUGAAGCCCCGACUUGAAACAGAGAGGGCGCGACUGGUGGGAAAAUAUGCUGAACUAGAAGAAGUGAGGGAGAAAUACAAACAACACUGUGCCAUGAGAGAUAGUAUCAUGGGGCAGGUGUCUCCGGAGGGGCUGUUGUCUCGUCUGCAGAUAGAGGGCGCCAACACAGAGGCAGAAUCAGAGGUUUUAGCAGACGAGUUCCUCGAAGGCUCGACAACGCUGGACUCCUUCCUCGAACGCUUCCUUUCCCUCCGCUCUCUGGCUCACACGAGACGAGUGCGCAUCGAAAAGCUGCAAGAAAUUCUCAGCCAAAAAAGCAAAGGGAUAGGAGAUGCUACAGUGACAUCACAAACCGGUGCCAAUCAGGAUGCUGAAUCAUCAUCGCCGUGGCAACAACCGCAGCCUCAACAGCAGCAGAGCUCCAAAAUCAACGCACCCACCAAUGCAUCCACCUCCGCUCUGCCCUACGCCCCCUACCCCGUUGCUCCCCCCUCAGCCUCCACAGCGGGCACCACUAACCCCAACACAGCGUUCCAGCCCUACCCCAGCCAGGGUGCCCCGUUCCCACCGUCAACAGGCUACACAGCACCCAGGCCUGCGUUCGGUCCUCCCGCUUGCCCAUACCCCACUCAACCACCAUUUCCUGGCCCACCUUUUGGGCAGUUUGGUUCCACGCCCGCUCCGUACCCCGCUGCAUACGCUUAUGGAGGGUACGGCUACCCCACAGGCCCCCAUGGGCCAUCAACCCAAUCACCCACAGCUAGACCGCUUUAUAGGCCAGGUUUUGGGGUACCACAACCAUACUCCUGAGCCACUCUGUGUGUGUCUUUCUCAUGAUCCUCCCUCUCGUCUCUCUCCCUCCUUUCUCCUCCUCCUCUGCCUUUUCCUUACCCUCAGAUUUGUGGUUUGCGUACCCCGUCACAUCCUGUUUCUGUCUGAGGCUUAUAAAGACACUUGAGAUUGAAUGUGUGCUUGUUUCCCCCAGUCAGAGACUCAAUAUGGGCCGCAUAGUCGGCUCAGUUCCUGUCCAUUUUAAAGCAUGUUAUCAGUUUGCAAAAAUUUAUUAUUAUAUUCAAUGACGACAUUGUGUUACAGCUCAGCCUUAUUUGGCUGUUUUUUUUUUCCAAUCAUUUUGUCAAAAAUCUGCUGAGAGACAAACAUGCCACACUACAUGGAAGCGUUAUGUUAGCGUUAGUCUAUAUCAACCCUUGUUGACGACGUCAAUCCAGAAAGCACAGCACCAUUUUCCUCAUCACAGAUGAGACUCUUUAAAAAAAGACAAGCGUAUUCUUUAUCAUGAAUAAAUUUAGACAACUUCCACGUGUGCAGAUUUGGGUGCAGUGCGUCCUGUUAUGAAUGCUUAGUGUACCAAUGCACCAGCCGAUCACUCCAGACCCUCUCGAUACCUCUUGCUCCCUCUUUUUUCUUUAAGUCCUUCCACUCCAUUUAUUUAAUAUACCGCUUGACAAUGAUUGGAAGAAACAGACUAUUACUGUACUUAACGAAUGAAACUAAUAUUAAAGGGAAACUGGAGAACAAGGGAUAUUAAUAUAGACAUAUCUAUCAGCUAUAGCACAGGAUUUGGUGGGGCCGUUGAGGCAUAACAUAGCACAGUGCAUAUGCAAAGAAUAUAGGCGCUACAUAACAUGCUUACUUUAGUAAAUAUAGCAUUCUGCACCUACCGUUAAGGUGGUAAAACUAUGCAGACGAAUGCCUGGCUGCAUAUUUUACACUGAAUUUAGACACAACGAGACAUUUGAUGGUUAAAUGACAGAAUGCUUUCUUUGUGAUUUGAUUUGAGUUCAGAUUCUGCCACAUGAACACCCCCACUAGCCCACAGUUGUAGGCCUAUCCAUCAAAACGGCCUGUGCGUGUCAUUUCGUGGUGUUAUGUAGAUCCGUAAAAGCCCCACCUAAUUAAGGUCUGCUUGUCGGUCAACCAGAGGACCAUGUGAAUCACACUAGCACUCCACACUAACUGCCCCGAACUCUUUGGCGACAGGAGCUGGGAGCAGGGCCUUUAAACUGUCAGCUUUAGAAUAGGCGUGCGGGGUUCUCUCUUUAUUUUUGUACUUUAAAGCAAUUCAAAACCAGAGGCAUCCUCAAUCAAGCCUCGGGUGGCUUUAUCUAAUUCAUGAACUCAGUAAUUAAGACUCAGGUUUGUAGCAAAACCCCCACGUUUAGGUUCCCUCCCCAGCACCUGGAGCGAGGGAGAGGGGUGAUACGACACGAGGAUGAGAGGGGAAAAAAAAUGGGAUGAAAAUUUUAUUAGCACAUUGAUUUGCAGCAUUAGAGGAAAGAAAUUCUAUUGCAUUGGUUGUGAUGACUGUAGCCUGUUAAAAGUGUAUUUUUAUUUUUAUUGUCCUUUUUUUCGGGUGUGAAUAUUAAACACUGAUUUGAAGUUGA